AUGGUAUUUCCAGGCAGGCACAGGGUUGCUGAGGAGCGAGCCAAUCACCAGCUUUGUCUGAGCAGCUGAGAAGUUUGCCGUGUAUGACCAGGGUGUUCAGUAACAGACCUGAGCCCAGAGCACAGUGAGCAGAGCAGAGUCAAGCAGAGCCCAGCAAGUGUUAGGGUCAAUAUUUAUAGAUCACUGCCUUCUGGAGCCGCCUCCAGGAGAGGGCCAGGGCCAGGGCAGGCAGGCAUGGAAAGAGAAAGAGCCUUCAGUGCAGGGGAGACCGCUUGGAGUUUGAAUUUCCACUGCUGAAAAAAUUUUCUUUUUGACCAUGAGGUUCAAGCUUUCCCUGCUGAAUCAUAACACUUUCGCAUUGAGCUAUGACAAGGGAGGGGAAAAAAGCUAAAAGAGCAAGUCUGUCUUGAGUCAGAAGGCUUGCUGGCAGGAUAGCCAGCCCGAAGAUCUGACAAGAGUAGCAGCAGCAAAGGAAGAUCAGUGGAAAUCAGACAAGGCAGCCAACGGGCAGGCGGCUUAGCCUGCAAGGAAGCAGGACUCCUGCUCUUCUGCUGCAAUGGGGUGGCUGGAAGACCCAACCUGGCAGCUUCACAUUCAUUUUUCUUUGCUCGUUCUGCUGUGCAUGCACACACGGGCUAAUUUCCUUGACAAUAUGCUUUUGAGAAGUUCGGGAAAGUUGAAUGUGGACAGCAAGAAGGAAGACGGUGUGAUCACAGCCUCCACCUCUCGGCCAAAGGUCUUGCAAUGCAAAUGCCACCAUCACUGUCCUGAAGACUCUGUCAACAAUAUUUGCAGCACAGAUGGCUACUGUUUCACUAUGAUAGAAGAAGAUGAUUCUGGAAUGCCUGUGGUCACUUCAGGAUGUCUAGGAUUAGAGGGCUCAGACUUUCAGUGUCGGGACACUCCUGUUCCACACCAAAGGAGGUCAAUUGAAUGUUGCACAGAACGGAAUGAAUGCAAUAAAGACCUUCACCCUACACUGCCUCCAUUGAAAAAUCGAGAAUUUGUGGAUGGAUCCAUACACCAUAAGGCCAUAUUGAUAUCUGUGACAGUCUGUAGCUUCCUUCUGAUACUAAUAAUUCUAUUCUGUUAUUUCAGGUAUAAAAGGCAAGAAGCUAGACCUCGUUAUAGCAUCGGACUGGAACAAGAUGAGACUUACAUCCCUCCAGGGGAAUCUUUAAAAGAUUUAAUCGAACAAUCUCAGAGCUCAGGAAGUGGAUCAGGGCUCCCUCUGCUGGUCCAAAGGACUAUAGCUAAGCAGAUUCAGAUGGUCAAACAGAUUGGAAAAGGUCGCUAUGGGGAAGUUUGGAUGGGAAAGUGGCGUGGUGAAAAGGUAGCUGUGAAAGUGUUCUUUACCACUGAGGAAGCCAGCUGGUUCAGAGAGACAGAGAUAUAUCAGACAGUCUUGAUGAGGCAUGAAAAUAUUUUGGGCUUUAUUGCUGCAGAUAUCAAAGGCACUGGGUCGUGGACCCAACUAUACCUAAUCACAGACUACCAUGAGAAUGGUUCCUUGUAUGAUUAUCUGAAGUCUACUACCUUAGAUACCAAAGCAAUGUUAAAGUUGGCCUAUUCUUCAGUCAGUGGCCUGUGCCACUUACAUACAGAGAUCUUUAGUACUCAAGGGAAACCCGCAAUUGCACAUCGUGAUCUCAAAAGUAAGAAUAUCCUGGUGAAGAAAAAUGGAGCAUGCUGUAUAGCUGAUCUGGGAUUGGCAGUUAAAUUUAUUAGUGACACCAAUGAAGUAGACAUCCCAUCCAACACUCGAGUUGGCACCAAACGUUAUAUGCCACCGGAGGUGCUAGAUGAGACUUUGAAUCGGAACCACUUCCAGUCCUACAUCAUGGCAGAUAUGUACAGUUUUGGCCUUAUUCUGUGGGAAAUUGCCCGGAGAUGUGUUUCUGGUGGAAUAGUAGAAGAAUACCAACUGCCUUACCAUGAUCUGGUACCUAGUGAUCCCUCCUAUGAAGAUAUGAGGGAGAUUGUAUGCAUCAAAAAACUCCGACCAUCCUUUCCUAACAGGUGGAGUAGUGACGAGUGUCUACGGCAGAUGGGGAAACUCAUGACAGAAUGCUGGGCCCACAAUCCUGCAUCCCGACUCACAGCCCUUCGGGUUAAGAAAACACUUGCCAAAAUGUCAGAGUCACAGGACAUUAAACUCUGAUUGAAGGGAGAAAGUAAACAUCUGGAGAUAGUCAACAUAUUUUUUUUUUUCCUUUUGUUGGCAAAGAAGAAGAUGUUAAAGAUGUUUCCAUAGUAGCAAUCUGGAAUGACAUCCUGCUCCUGAGUGGGAUCAGGCCACUUGCUCUCAGGGAAAACCCUGGACAAAGAGUGACAUUGCCAAUCACAGGCUCAAAGAGCCCGUAUGCAGGAAGGGAAGACCACUUAGGUAACUGAUACAAAAAUGAUGCAUGUUGCUUUCUGUGAAAGCCUUGUAUUUGGGGAUUUUUAAAGAAAAAAUAAUUUUUUUUCAAAAUAAAACACAAU